GGCUGGUUCGGUCCUCACAAGCAACGACGACGAGGAGGAAGACGAUUUGCCGCAGAUCGGCCACUUGCGGCGUUGGAGCUGCAACUUCUGGAGGCGGAGUGAGGCGCCUGGAUUCUGUGCUGGUUUUUUCUCUCACAGUGUUUUUUCUGGAGCCAGAAACGAGUGAAUUUGGCUUCAUAUUGCGGGAGAUAGGCGUGGUCAGAGCUAGGUUGGUCGAGGGAGGGAGAGGCAGAAUCUCCACACAGCGCCGACGCAAUUCCCUGAAUCGGUUUGUUUUUCUCUGCAGUGAUCGAGAAGUUUCGCGUGAGUGAGUCAGCUAAACUCAAAGGGUGUUAUGAACGGAAGUACGGAAGAAUCCGCCGAGCCUACAGACAAGGAGAUGGUUCAGAAAAGGGAUCCUGACGCAGCAGUGGCAACGGCACCUCUUAUCAAAAUCAAGGUGUCGCAUGGUCUUUUUGGCCACGACGUUAGUGUGCCUGCUCACGCUACAUUCGGGGAUGUAAAGAAUUUGCUGGUUGAAGACACGGGUUUGCAGCCCUUUGAAAUGCGGCUCCUAUUUAGAGGCAAAGAGAAGGAGGAUAGCGACCCCCUUCACCUAGCAGGGGUCAAGGAUAAGGCAAAGCUUAUCCUUGUGGAGGAUCCCGCAGCUCGGGAGAAAAAAAUUCAAGAGCAGCGCAGAUUGGAGCGCAUUGCACAGACUUGCCAGGCCAUCAGUAGCAUCCGAGGAGAGGUCGACAAGUAUGCCUCACAGGUAGAAACUUUUCAGUUAGCAACGAGGAGUGGAAAUAAACCAGCAGACCAAGAGAUGCAUGGUGUCAGUGAAAUGUUGAUGAGGCAGUUGCUAAAGCUGGAUGGUGUUGAGGCAGAUGGAGAUGCCAAAGCAAUGAGGAGGGCAGAGGUGAAGAGGAUUCAGAAUUUGGUGGAAACAAUUGAUGGAUUACGAGGUUUGAGAAUGGAGCCUAAUCCUCCUGCCACAAAUCCCAAUGUUAUGGCUACAAUCAGUUCGGAAACAAUUGACCAUGGCGUAGGCAGUCUUAAUGCACCUCCACCAGCCUCCGUUCCUCAUUAAACUAAUGACUGGGAUGCUGUUGAUUAAGUUUAUUGGCCUUAAGUGAGUCUUGUAUCUCUAUAUUCUUUGCGCAGAGGGACACCUCGCUGUCCUGUUGUGUACAAUGGUUUUCAAGACCUCAACUUUCAAAAGGUGGAUGGUUUGAAAAGUAAUGAGAAAUGUGGCAUUCGUUCACUUUCGAAUGCCACGAUGCAAGCGUGUUUACAAGUGCUAUAUUCUAGAAACCAUUACUAUUUGAUAUGUUGUCAUAGAGACAAACAUUCAGCAACUUCUUGUAAGGAUUUCUCGUAGAUCCGGCAGGCAAAGCAGCAGUUCGGCAUGAAACGCACACAAUCCAGGUCUCCAUUUCAUGCUCUGCACUGGUGCAGGUAUUCACACGCGUCAAGUCGUUCCAGCUCAAUUUCCGUU